CCGUCCCCCAGUGCCAGACUUCCCCCGGGUGCCAGCCUCGCUCCCCAUCUCCCGCUGCCAGGGUCGCCCGUCCCCCGUCCAUCAUCAUCAAUCGUCUUUAUUGAGCGCUUCCUGUGUGCAGAGCACCGUACCGAGCGCUUGGGAAGCACAAGUUGGCAACGUAUCGAGACGGUCCCUCCCCAACAGUGGGCUCGCAGUCUAAAAGACCCCGGUGCCGGCCUUCCCCCGGGUGCCAGGCUUGCCCUCCACCCGCCGGUGGGUGGUCCUGCAUGCCCGGGGCCGGGGUGGCCGCCCGCCUGGAUGCCCUGGGCGCCCUGGCCUCCCCCGCGCCGCUGCUGCCUCCCUCUAUGUUCUACGUGGGCCUGUUCUUCGUCAACGUCCUGAUGGUCUACUACGCCUUCCUCAUGGAGUACAUCGUCCUCAACGUGGGCCUCGUCUUCCUGCCCGAGGACAUGGACCAGGCCCUGGUGGACCUGGGGGUCCUCUCCGACCCGGCCUCCUCCCUCUACGACACGGACGGCGAGCUGGACGUCUUCGACGGCUACCUGGAGUAGUGGGGGGGGGGCCCUCCCCACCCCCCGGCUGACCUCUGACCUCUGACCCCGCCGCCGGCCUGCCCGGGCCUCGCCGAGCCCCAUUUGCACCCUUGACUGCGUGUGUCAUGGCGGAACAGCCCAUCAGAAAAGAGUGGCCCCGGAUGCUCCGGCUGAAAGGGAAUGAAGCUGAAAACAAAACAAAACAAACAGACCCUAGGAAGAAGUUGGAGUCAACGACUUCUGCACAGAUUCCUCAUCGGAGGUUGUUAGCCUGCAGGUUUGCACUGAGA